CUGACGGUACCGUUUGGAUCUUAUCUCCCAAGUGAGAGCGAGGCGGAAAGGAAGCGGAUUAUCCUCCCGUCCUUUAUCUCCACCAUCUCCCUCUUCUUCUUCUUCUUCUUGGAUGGAAGAGUAGCUGCGGUCCUCCUCCAUUGUCUCUCCAUCGAGGAUCUCCUCCUCCUCUUCCUCCUCAUCAGACAAUCCGGCGUGUUCUUCGUCAUCUCCAUGCCGGGCGAGUUGGCCAAGAAAGUUGGUGCUGAAGCUGCAACAUCCGGCAGGACAAUGACGUCCAGUGGGGCAUAAAGACUUUUACUCCACGAAUCAAACCAGGAACCUGAGUCCAAACAGAGAAUUUCCAAGAUGAUGCUCAGUCCGGACCAGGCCGAGGCGGACCUCUCGUGGACUCAGUCCGACCCGGAGACGCUGCUGAGCGGCCUGAAGUCGGCCGGCUGUUCAUCGGAGGAUCCGGCGGAGGAGGGCGAGGAGCGGGCCAACAAGCACCGGGCCGAGCAGCCGCUCAGCCGCGAGGAGAAGCGGCGGCGGCGGCGGGCCACGGCCAAGUACCGCUCGGCCCACGCCACCCGGGAGCGGAUCCGGGUGGAGGCGUUCAAUGUGGCCUUCGCGGAGCUCCGCAAACUGCUGCCCACUUUGCCCCCCGACAAAAAGCUGUCCAAGAUCGAGAUCCUCAGACUGGCUAUCUGCUACAUCUCCUACCUGAACCACGUGCUGGACGUCUAGACCCCCACCCCCGCCCCCCUCCGUGAGGCCUUCACGUGCUCAUCAGCAGUAUUUCUACACAAUACUCCAAUACUUGACUUUGGACACACCACCCGGCGCGGGACAAAGGUACGACAUGGGGGGGUGGGGUCCAAAGUGCGGCCCGGGGGCCACGUGGAGCCCGCCGCUCAAAAAAAACUACAUAAAAAAGAAAAUAUGCCAAUAAAAAAAACCUUUCUGUAUUUUUAUUGUAUUUUUUUCCACGUUUGGACCGACCCCCCCCCACAAAAAAGCCUCCCAAACAAUACACGGCUGCCCCUAAAGUCUGGACACUUCUUAUUAAACGACUGCAUCAUAUAUUUUCUGCUUCUGACGUGCCGUUACGAUAUAUAUUGCACGUGCUUUGUUUCCCGGUUGAAUUUGAAUGACAGCUAUUUAUUUGUUUUUGUGUUCUGAUGACGAUGUUUUUGCGGGACGUCCAGACUCGAGGGCCGGGCCGGGCUGGCAAAGGUGACGAUAGCUGCUUUAGACUUCUAGCUUAGAUGAAAAACACAAAAGAAAAAAUGCAUAAGUGCCACUUAUGACGUAUGAAAAUGUGACCUUAUUGUUCUUUGCUGUGUUUCCUCGUGUGUUGCUAUUUAUGAAGAGUUCUUAUUUAUGUUUCUAUCGACACCAUCUCUUUCCAAUGGCACUUUCUGUUUUCCGUCUUGACGCCGUACGUGUGUAUUUAUGAUUCUUAUGAUUUCACGUCUAUUGUCGAUCGAUAGCAACGAUAAGCACUUGAAGAUGGCGCUAGCGGCGCCUCGCUCCAACGUUGAUUUCCUUGAUUUGCGCUCAUAAAUGUGAUUUUAUUUGGAAAGCAACGGCAACAGGAAGCCUGCUUUUGCUUAGAAGGACUCCUGGGAAUUAGUUGCGUUUUACCAUAUCAUAUAUUAAUAAUAUUUGGGUGUGUUUGUGGUCUAUUUGGAAAUUGAUGAUGUGUUUUUUUUCUAGUAAUAUCCAAAGAUCUGUUUGUCUCUUCAGGGUUGUGCACAUCUUUUCUAGUAGAGAUAUUGUUGCUUUCUAAAGGACACACUUUUCAUAUUUUCAAUUAAAAAUGAAGAUAUUGGGAAA